AUGUGCUGUGCUAACAUUUGUUUUCUUUGCAGAUAUAUCAAAAAUUGAAAGCUGUAGAACACAUGGAUGUUUACAACAUACAGGAUAUUCCAGAGAGGUUUUUCUAUAAAAAAGGAAAAUUUGUGUCUCCUCUAACUCUUGUGGCUGAGGAGGGAUGGUUCAUAGCAGAGAGCAGGGACAAGCUGCCCUUUUGGGAGAAUGGCACAGGGAAGAGAGAGGCCUGGCAGAACGGCUGGCACGGCUAUGACAAUGAGCUGAGAGAGAUGAGGGGCAUCUUCCUCGCGUAUGGGCCAGAUUUCAGAUCCAACUACCGCGCGCCUCCCAUCAGAUCUGUGGAUGUUUACAACGUCAUGUGCAGCCUGGCAGGAGUGCAGCCACAGCCAAACAAUGGCUCCUGGUCCAGGGUGGAGUGCAUGCUGAAGAACACGGCUGUCCGCGUGCCACUCUGCACACGGAGCGGCUGUGUGCUGGCACUGACUCUGCUCUUGCUCUUCUGGUUGCUGUGAUCCCCAAACAAUGUUGGUCAGUGUUGCCAGCAACUUGAUUCUUUUUUUUUCUUUCUUCUUCCUUUCCCCCGCCCUCGUCUCCCCCCACCCCCCCAAGAAUUUCUUCAUUUGAAUAAUAGCUUCCUUACUAGCGUGCUGUCCUCACCCAUCUGCUGUGCUGCACCAGGCGUGAAUCUGACCACACUGGCUUUUACGCCAGUUAUAAUGCAGAGCCAAUUUGUGUGCUGCUCUAAACACAGCCAGAAAAGCCGGUGUUGCUGCUCUGAAUCUACAGCACUGGUGACAGGAGCAGGAUUCAGGCCAGCUAUCAGCCACAUUUUCUGGUGGGGCAUGUGGAUACCCCUGGACAUCAGACACAUCUUACCCAGCAAGUUUAACAGAGAGGCUGACCCUGGCUGCUGGUAGUGGGAAGCUCAGGUGUAGAGACAGACCUUGGUGCACUUACCUGAGCUCUUUCAGGUUUGUCCUUUACCCCAGCAGACCUCCACCUUCUCCUCACAAUGCCAGCCAAGCCCAGUCUAAACAGGCCAAAGAGCUAUGCUCUUUGCUGAGCGAUCUGAGUGCCAACAAAGGUGGAUCAGGAGGAGAGCAGUGAGAGCAUCCUACCUCUCUCUUAGUCUUUCCUCCUUCACUUUCCCUUAAAGUGAGCCCUGGCACUGCAUGCCCUCAGGACAGGGACUGCAUCAGGGAGUACAGCUGGAGAGGGGGAUGGAGAGGGAGAAGAGUGAUGGAAAUCCUUCACAUCAAAAAGAGGAAGAACUUGCAAUGGCACCUGGACACCUAGCACUCAGGACAAAGUACAGUGAGGAAGCAGCCUCUCUGUUUUCCUUGGUGAAGAUGAUAUCCACCUGCUUGGAUUUUUUUUUUUUUUUUUUCCUUUAACCCAAUUGUGUUUCUGAAGGUUUUUAACACCUCCUGCUUUUCUACCAGCUCCUUCUCUCUGCCUUUAAAGCACUGUGGUAGGCUGCAUGCUCCUCUGAUGUUUUUUUUUAGAGGUGGUGUUCUGCAGCAGGGAGAGAGGUUUACACAUAUGCAUCUCUUUCCAUCUCUCCCUCUGUUAAUCCUAGCUACUAUUCCUACCUUGGAUUACCAAACCCAAAGAAAGUUGUAACAGUCAAGAUACAUACAGCAGGAAAGCAUGGAGCUGCUCUCAGAGGCAGUGCACCUGAAGGGCAAGUCAAAUGGAUGAUGUAAUCCUGAAAACAUCAACACAGCAGGUGCAGUAAAUCCCUUGAAAAAACAAUUUGUCCCUACUCUUUCACUCCAGUGCAGCCAUGGAUCUUCCCUGGGGCAGUGCUCAGUACAAGGCUGACAAUGAAGCCAGCAGCACAGCUCUGUGAGCUCAGAAGUUUAAAGCCACCAAAUUGUUAAAUCGCCCACUUGUCACAGCCCUCGGUGUUAAACAUGGGAUGUGUACAUACCAUGAUGGGUCAGGAGAGAGGUGGUCUUUCUGCAUCAUUAAAUUUCUGCUGUGAAAGUAGCCACUCUAGAACAGAGCUGACGGGAUCUGAUCCGGCAAAGUGUCCUUUCCUCCUUGGGAGGCCGUGGUCUUUUGCAACUCCCUCAGAGGAGCUCAGCUUCUCUGAAAUACCUCUGAACCAAGAGCUUUCAAUGAAAAACUGCCUUCGGACGGAUUUAGAUCCCUCCUUGUGUAAAAUAAACCUCUAAGGCUUGUUAUUCACAUGGAUCCAGAGUCAAGCACCAUUCUGGUACAGUGAGUUUAAGGGUGAAUGAUUAUACUAUGAAAAAAAAAAAAAGCACAACAAAUUAAACUUGACAAAAGACUUCUGUAAUAGCUAUAAAGAUUUAUGUAAUGUGUUUUUUAAAGCUCAAGUGAACCAUCAAAUCAAUUGGGGAAAAAAAGGGAGAAAAUCAGUCUUUGUUAUUAGACUGUUGAGUAUAAAAGGCAAUUUAGUGCUUUCUAAGCAUUUGCAGUAGCUGUAAAACAAGCAUCCAGUGUUCAGAGUUCCCUGUUGCUCUUUAAUGAACCAGGCUCAAUGAAUUCACUGGAGCACAUUUUUAAAGUGAGAAAAUUAUCAUCGUACACAAGAUAACCAAACGACAAAAUGGGAAAGUUUUGCUGCAAAACCAAUAGGAUACAUACAGCACAUGUGGGUCCCUUCAGUCUGCAGUUUUAACUCUUGCUAUAAAAAUAAUCCAGUAUCCUCUUACGGAAGAAAAAUCCUGAAAGUGUACAGCUGUAUUCUGAUAUGCCUCAAUACAUACUUGAUCUGUAACAGAGAGAUUGGAUGGCAGACCUACAAGAAGCUCAUUAGCUUCAGGAGUACUACAGUGGGUUAUGUUGGAGAAGCGUGUCUUCCUUCCUCUGAAAUUUUGUACCUCUGAAUCAGUUCACAUUCUCAUUCAGUGUCUUCAGCCUGUUUUUCUAUACACUAUGCAACUGAGGUGGGUGUAUUUCUGAAUGAUGUUUUUGUACGACGACUUAUUGUGAAUGAGUGAAUAAUUCUAAGAAUGCUGUUAUAAAAAUACACAUCCUUUUGUAAAUACUGUGAGAUUUUUGAAAAAAAAAGCAUCCUUAACACCUUGCCUUUCCUGUUUGAUUGCUGCAUCAGUGUGUGAUAAGCAGUGUUUGAAGCUUUUGCUGAUUAGUCAUCAAAAAGAUGAAUGAUAACAUUGUUUAGAAAUGGCAAAGUUGUCAGCAUUUGACUUAGGGACAUUAAAUACAUCUCAUGAGCUAC